UUGAAUUGGUGUAUCACGGGAUGUCCCGGGGUGUUACACCGACCGGAAUUGGUGGUCUCUGAUCAUCCGGUAAAGAAACAACAACAACAACACCACCAAAACAAACAAAACAACAAAACGGGAAGAAGAAUGUCCUCUCCUUGUGCAAAGAAGAGAAAAAUUGACCAAGAUACCAUUGCAGUACAAAGGUGGAAGAUUUUAAAAGAGAUUCUUAUCAAUGGUAGAUCAUCAUUGCUUACAAGUGAAAAUAGAGCAUCAGUGAGAAGGUUCAAGUCAUUUAAUGUUCUACAGACACAGCAAGAUGAUGGAACUGAUAGAGAAGAGGACUGGUUUAUUUACACAGCUGAGAAAUGGCCACACUUUAAGAUGUAUAUCAGACACCUGUCCAACCAUGUAAAACCAGAGGCAUUGAGAGGGUUUAACAAUACUGGUAAUGUUUGUGUUUGGCCAGCUGAGGAAGUUCUCACAUAUUACUGUCUUAGUCAUCCUGAAAUGUUUAAUGGAAAAUCUGUGAUAGAACUUGGAGGAGGAAUGACAUGUCUGGCAGGAAUGGCUUUGAGCAUAAUGUCUGAUGUCUCAUACAUGGAACUAACAGAUGGAAAUGAAGAUUCUGUUUCAAAUCUGGAUGAAAUAAUCACUAGAAAUAGCUUCCAGUUCAAAGACACAAGAGUAUUAAGUAGAGUUGUAAGAUGGGGCAGUGGCAAGACAGGACAAGAUUUGAAUGGAGUAUUUGAUUUUGUAUUGUGUGCUGAUUGUUUUUUCUUUGAAGAAGGAAGAGAAGAUCUUGUGGAGACAAUUUAUCGAUUAUUAAAAGAUGAUGGUGAAGCAAUUUUGUUUGCUCCAAAGAGAGGGAACACAUUUGAAGCUUUUGUGACUCUUGCCCAAUCAUUGUUCAAUACAGAUGUGAAAGAGAGAUAUGAUGACACAAUCUGGACUAUACAUUGCAAGAUGAAGAAUAAAGGCAAAGUCAUGUAUGAUCCAGACAUACAUUACCCAUGGUUCUUGCAUAUCAGCAAAAAAACAAACAGAGAGAAAACUGAUCUAAAAGAAUAAACAUUAAAAUAUG